GGGGGCUGGAAGGUAAAAUUUAGGGUGUUAAAGAAAAAGUCUUUUCUUUCUCUUGAAAAUUUGUGAAACCCUAAUUCUCCUAAUUCUUCAAUGGAGUCGUUACAACCAGCAUCGUCUUCUUCCGUUACUUGUUCAUCGAAUUCAAAUGCAGUAAUCGAUUCCGGAGAACGAAAUUGGCUUGAUCUUCCACGAGAUACGGUAUUGUCCAUUUUCGUGAAACUUGACACAAUAGAUCUUCUUGUUCGUGCUCACAAUGUUUGCACCACAUGGCGCAAUAUCUCAAAAGACCCCUUCCUCUAUCGCAUAAUCAACAUGCCCAAUUUGGGCGACCCUGAAACCAACUCUGAAUUAGAGGUUUUAUGUCACCGCGCCAUUGAUUACAGCUGCGGAAAUGCAAUUGAUAUCAACAUCGAGUAUUUUGGCACCGACGAUCUUCUUUGUCACAUUGCUAAUUCUGCAACUCAUCUACGAUGCCUUCGUCUUGCAUGUUGCUAUAGUGUAACAGAUGGAGGAUUCUGUGUAGUUGCUGAAAAGCUUUCUCACUUGGAGGAACUUGAUAUAUCAAUUAGUGGCGGCUUUUCUCCUGAUUCUUUGGAAGUCAUUGGCCGAUUUUUCCCUCAAUUGAAAACAUUUAAAUUCAACAUUCAGGCAUAUAGAUAUCCACAUAUUGAGUAUGACGAUGACGCAUUUGCUAUUGCGCAAUUCAUGUCUGGGUUAUGCCAUCUCCAGCUUAUUGGAAACAAGAUGACUAAUGAUGGCUUGCUUGCUAUUCUUGGUGGUUGUCCUCGCCUUGAAUCUCUUGACAUCCGUCAGUGUUUUAAUAUUAAUUUGGAAGGAAGUUUGGGGAAGAGAUGUAAAGAACAGAUCAAGAAUUUACGCCUUCCAAAUGAUGCAACUGAUGACUAUCCAUUUGAAACUGAAGACUAUCCUGAAGGAGACUAUCCAGAUGGGAUCUCAGACAUAGAUUUAGAUUUAUUGUCGGGGGAUGAUUAUGAACUCUCAGAUGGAAGUGAAUUUUCUGAAUUUGAAUUUGAUGCUAACUAUUAUGACUUUUGACAAAGUUGAAACAUUUCAGCAAGGAAAAAAGUGGUUUGAGUGUUUUAGUCACCACUCUCCAUUGUUUCUUCGUAACAUGGGGUUUGUUAGGUGGUUGCAGCAUGUGAAUCUUUUUCGUGGGGAGAUAGUUGAUUAUCAUUUGAAACUUUUAUGAACCAGUUUCACUGUUUACAAUUUGUGUUUAUUUGAUACAUGUAAUGGAUUUUUUAUUUACAUUAUGUUU